ACACACACAUUGUGAAUGGAAGCCGAGGGAAGAUGAGUGGGCCUGCGGGAGCUGCCGUUGCUUAACGGGAAUUAAAGGAGCAAGAAUGACCUGACAGUCUGAGCAAAAACAAAUCUUUUCCAGCCUCUGACUAAACCAGCAAAAAGAAGUGAUUUGCAUUGAGCUCACCUGGAGAAGGGGGUUUGGGGGUGAACUGAUUUCUGGGCUGUGCGUAAAAACGCAGACGCAACUCCAAACCUAAGAAGAUGAGGUGGAUUUUCCGCGGCUGGAUAACGUGUUUUCUCGUCACCCUUUCCGCACAGGACGGACUCUCAAAAUCAGACUCUUGCAAGGACAAUUACUACGUAAAUGGCUCCACGUGCUGUAAAAAGUGUCCACCAGGUCAGCGUGUGCUUUCUUCCUGCAAUGAAUCCCGGGCCACUCUAUGUACUAACUGCAGCCAUGGUACCUAUCAGCCUGGCUGGACGGGGAGCAGUAACUGCAUCAAAAAAAAGUUCUGUGAUACAGGUAAGGGAUUUAUGAGAAGAAAUGAGCAGAGUGAAGACUUGACGAGGGAGGAGCAAUGUCUAUGCCGACCUGGUUUUCAGUGUUCUCUUAUCAACUGCGAGUUCUGUGAGAUGAUUCCGACCUGCGGUCCUGGUUAUGGACUUGAGGAAGAUACUGCUUCAAAAAAUGGAAGGAAGAUCUGUGUUGAAUGCAAGAAGGGCUUCUACUCUGUUGAGAAGGAUAAGGAAGAAUGCAAAAAGUGGACAAACUGUAAAGCUGAGGGGAAGAGUGAGACACGGCCAGGCAGCAAUCAGACUGAUGCAGAGUGUGGACCUCCUAUUACUGGUCCAGCACCUUCCUGGUUUGUAGUUGCAUUACUGUCAGUGAUCACUGUUCUGUGUCUCCUAAUUCUGCUGCUUUUCUGCUACAAGGACAAACUGAAGUUACUUUCCGUGAAUCUUCGAUCUUGUGUGCAGAAUCUAAAGAGGAGCAGGAUCCAACAGGAGACUUUGGCCCCUCUUUACCGCAGUGGAGCUUCAGCAGGAGGAAUACCAGAAGUUACUGGCUCCAAAUGCACACCAUGUGAGAUGACUAAACUCAUCUGCCAAGCUUCCCACAGUCCUGAGAUCGACCCUCUGUGCACAUUCCCAGCCUCUGUUCCCUGUGUCAGGAUCUCUAUGCCUUUCACCGAAGGAAUGGCAGAAAAAGUAAAGGAGAAGACAGUGACGGAAACUGAGAGUCAAGGAUCCGGAGAACCAGAAGAACUGUCAGAAGAGGAGGUCAUUAAUGCUUCUCCGCUUUUGGCAGGUUCCUGUGUGUGCCUCAGUCUGGUUCGUGAGCCGCUUGAAGUAGGAGAGAACGAGGACUGUAGCCAGGCUGUUAUUCCUGGGACUUUGGGAAUGUGCUCCUGCGGAGGUAUCGAAGGAAAGAGGGAUGGAGAGGAAAAUGGAAAAAAGGACACAAGUGAAAAUCAAAUACCAGAAGAAAAGGUUAAUCAGGAAAAGAUAGUCUCAUCUAUGAGUGAGACAUGUGUUAGAUCUCUUGUCUCAGUUUGUCCCCCACUCACCAACACCUCCUCUCUGGUUCUUCCAUCCAUUCCCCAUGUUGAACUCUGCCUGCCGUUGUCCCAGGCUCAGGGGACGCCGCUGUCCACUUCCAAGCUUUCUGACAAGUCGCUGGUAAAACAGGACGAAUUAUACAGACUGGCAAGCACAGAAUCUGACUCAGCUGAACAUAUUGAAGCUUCUGCUAUGACCCUGGUCAGUGCUGUGAUGAUGUCCACGUCUACUGGAGAACUGUACCUAGAUAAGUCUCAACAAGCCUCCAGGCUGGAGCCGGGCCAGGGCUUUUUCUGUGGGGAUAGCAGAGAGAACAAGCUGUCUCUGGAGGAUUCAGAGCUGGAGUGCUCGCCGGAGAGCCUCCAUAGUGAGCUGGCUGAACCAACACCGACCUCAGGUCUUGUUUCUGGCAGCCGCAACACCACCUUCAUCUCCAGCGGUCAGGUGAUGAACGUCAACGGUGAUGUCAUCGUCGUCUAUGUGAGCCAGACCUCUCAGAACGGUGACGAGGUUGGAUCGGACGGCGCCUUCGGGAGCCCCGUUCAGGAAGAGGCCAACGAGACAGCCCAGUUUUUCCACAGCUGCCUGAGGUCUCCAGGGGACUCCGUUUCCCAUAACACCUUGCGAGAACAGACACUGCCAGUACAAGAAAUGAUAGUGGGAAAGUGAACUAUGAAGAGCUGCUUUCCAAACAGUGAUCAUCUCUACAGUUUUAUUAUUUGAUAAAAUAAAUUAAUUGAUAUUGUUUUUUAAAUCAUACUACAUGCUUCAUUUCUUAUAUUAUAUCCAGGCCUUCUUAGUUGGAAUCUUUUUAUUUUUUGAGUUCUUUGUUGCAUGGAAAUUUUAGUGGGAUCUUGACACUAAUAGUUAAUACAUAACUAAUUUCUCACAUUACAUCCUCCAUUCCCACGUUUGUAGACUUUUCACUAAGUUUGACAUUUGGAUGAUUUAAGACUUUCCUUACAUAACAAAACAUCCACCAUGUGGAAAUAAUUUUCAUGUUUUUCUUAUUUUAUGGUUGAAACUUUACUCUUUUAGCCAUAGUAAAAGCCAUAGUAUCUGAACAAUGAUAAAUCUAAAGCAUUUCACUGAGUCAAGCUUACUGAAGCUACUUAAUCGACAUGAAAACAUUUUAAGAUCUGUUAUGAAGCUUUUUUUAAUCUGUACAAAGAUGUUGUUUAUUGUAUCCUUAUUGCACCGGAUGUGCAAUACAUGUUUAAGAGAAGAAUGCUAUGCAUUUGAUAAGCUAUUUUAUUACUGGUUUGUGUUCUUUUGCAAAUUUGAAUGAAGAAAAUCCAAAUGUUUUUUGUAAAUUCUUAAUGUUUUUUUUUUUUUUUAACCUACAUUUUAGAGGUGAAAGAUGAUUGUAUAUAUUCAGAAGAAGCAUUAUCUGUUUGCAAAGGAAGUAUGAGUUUUUCUUCGUUUGAUUUUUGGUGGGGAUGGGUUUGAUCAUGUGGUGCAACUGAGAGCAGGCAAAAUCAGAGCCAUCAUAAACGUAAAGGUUAGUGGCCCCUGAAAAGGCCAGUUAUUCAUGCUUUUUUUUAAAAACAGAAAACAAUUUUGGCUGUUAUGAAACAAAUUUAGUCAAUCCUGUUGCUCUUUAUUUAAAGAUUAUUUAAUGUAUCUUUUAUACAUUUCAAUAUUCAAUGUGGCCCUAUACUGAAAAACUGUAUGGUUUCAUCAUUAACACCUGCAUAGACUGGAAGAUCUUUUUGUUUCUUUACAGGGAAAGACAUUUUUUGAGUUACAGCUAAAUAUUCUGAUCAUAAAUAUUAAUUAUUUGGAUUUAGGAUUUGAUAUGUACUUAGAAUACACCAAAAUGCAUAGACAUUUAAUAGCGAAUCCAAACCUUUUCAUAUUCAUGUGCCAUAUGUUAUAUCAGCAGACGGUUGCUUACAUUUAGAAUUUUUGUGUUUACAAAAGAUGCUUAGUGUUAUUUACCUGUUUCCAAACUGUAUUUGUCCCCUUUUGGACCAUAGGUGGUAGAUAUAGUUAUGCUAAUUAUCUAUUCCUCUGGCAGGUUAAGGUUUUAAGCAUUAUUUUACACUGACCAAAAUGUUUUUUUCUGGUAUUAAGCUAUUUUUAAGUUUUAGGCUAUUCUAGCCAGAGUCCUGAAUAAAAUCUGAAAUAUAAUCUAUGGAUGGCGCUUAAGAAUAAUAUAAUGACUGUAGAUGCUUUUAGUUUUACAGACUUUGAGCUCAUGUUUCAAAAUAUAUCCAUCUAAUACUAGAAGAGGCAUACAAACUGAAUUUCAUUGCUGCAAUCUCAUUUUUUUCAUAUAAAAACUAGGUUAAAUUACUUAUGACGAUCCAUUUUAAGAAAAAAAAAAAACAAAUAAAUAAAUGCUGUUGGAUAUCUUUUGAAAGUGAUGAUCUGAACCUUUCUUAAUGUUUUCUCAACUGCUGAAAGAUGUUUGUCUCAUUUCCAAUCAGAAACAAAGUUAUUGGGUGAUUGAUAUUUAUUUUGAAUCUAAAUCAGAGUAUGAAUGCUUUCGGCUCAGUUUUCUUUGGAAACUAUUUAAAGACAAAUGAAAGUUGAAUGAAUCUUCUAUGAAAGUACCUUCUGUUGUUCUGCCAUCUGAUAAAAACAACACAUCUGAUAAAUACAUUUAAACAAACAAAAAAAGAGGACAUUUUCUUAAAACUUGUGCUAAAAACAAGCUAGAAGAACAACCUUUAUGUCUUUUGCCGUUUCAAAUCUCUUGUAUCUGAACUGGGAUCCUGUCUGUCGCCAACCAUCCAAUUGGUUGUGCAACUCAAAUUACUUUUGUUUUCUGGAAAAACUGAAGGAAAAAAAACAAAACAGAAAAUAACAGCAUGCUUUGCUUUUGUCUUGCUUGGGUUCCCAACACUGAUCAAUCACAACCUCCCCAUGAGCAUGCAGCUUUUAACAAAUCCUGUACAUAUCAAUCAACCCUGAUGCGAUGGAUAAAUGAAAUACUUUUUUGAUUAAACAUGCUUUAAAUUCAAA